AUGGUUUCUAGAAUAGAUGUAUGGCAGCCCGCGUCGGUUAAUAGAAGUAAUAGGCCCAUCUUACAAGAAGGAGAGCAUAAUCUAUACGUGCGAGAUAAUAUAGGGCUAUACCAGGGUAAGCUGAAAAUCGUGAAUAGACAAAAUGGAAGGGUCUAUUUAACAAAUAAGAGGAUAAUAUAUCUAGACAACGAAGACGUCAAGAAAUCUAUGGCCAUUGAAUUGAAGAAUGUGUCGAGUGGUGAGGUAAUCGAGCGGUUUUUGAGAUCGUCGCCCAAGGUGAAGCUAUACUUGAAGGAAGAGGCAGACGUGCAGCAAUCGUCGACGAAACGAAGCGACAGCAACAGAUAUAAAGUGAUGGCCCAUUGGGUGUGUAUCAUAUGCUCAUUUAAUAACCAAAUACUGGUUGAGACGAAUUUGGAUGGCGAUCUUCCAAAAUGUGGUUCUUGUGGAAUCAAGCCGUCGCGAGACCAAAUAGUGAAUUCCAUAGAGCGAAGACGUACAGAGAUACCGACCAACGUAAAUAACGACCAGGAUCCUAAACCAGACAAAGCCCCAAAUCAGCAGACUUUGCGCGACGACCAAUGCCCCAAAUGUACUUUUAUCAAUCAUCCAGCCUUGAAGUACUGCGAAUUAUGUGGGAGCGAGUUGAAUUCAUCGCUAUCGAAGAAAUUGAAAGAUAGGCUAAACUUCACGGAUAAUGCAGUCAUUAUACCAGAAGAUGUGAACCCGAUGAAUAUUUUGCUAGAAAAUGAUUCGGAAGUGUACACCAAUAAUAAGCCAUACAUCAAGUUAAGUUUUCGAAAAAAUGGUGAAUCCCAGUUUUAUCAAAUAUUAGCAGAUAUGAUAGGUAAGAUUAAAUGGGAAAAACUUGUAAAUAAAGGCACAAUUAAUGAGAAUGGGGUGAAGGUGAACGACUAUUCACCAACACCACCUCCUCAGCAACAAAUAAAAGGGGGUGGAAUCCACGGAUUGGAGCAAAUCGGAGAGCAACAGCGGAAACAAAAUGAAUUAGUAUUAUCUACGUCAUUGGAGGAUCUUGAACAAUUGAUGUACAAAGCCCAAGAUCUAAUCAAAUUAUCAUGCUCGUUCGGUAAAUUAGUUAAAACAACACCUCAAAACAUAAACACGAUUAUUCCGCCAUUGAACAUCAAGAAAACGUCUAAUUUGUAUCAUCAAGAAUUGGCGAGACAUAUUAGUGAGUAUCUUACCAACUUCCAGUUGACGAAAAGCUCAUCUAUGAUAACAUCCCAAGAUCUUUAUGCCUAUUAUAACAGAUAUCUCGUAUCAACUCAAGGCUUUGGUACCGACUUGAUUCCACAUGUCGAUUUUAAUAAAUCACUUAAUCUAUUUGAUAGCUUAAAAUUACCUAUUGCCUUAAAAAACUACGAACGAUCUGGAUUGAUAGUUAUUUGCUAUAAGAGGAAUAACGAUUAUAGCGAAUUUAUUGUCAACUUCUUACGUUCGCAGGAGCGGCUGUUUACCCAUGACAAAGUGAAAAACGAAAUCCUUAUGAGCCUAGAAGAACAAGAAGCCGAUCAAGAUGGGUACAUAGAAGAAAAUUAUAAAUUUUUCAAGGGAAACACUAUUCCUGAGAUUUGUGAUGAGCUCGGUUGGUCGUAUGGUAUUACGAUCGAAGAAAUUGAAAAAUGCAUCGAAUCAGGCUUAGUAGUAAUCGACCAGAACAUCCUGGGCACAUUUUACUUUAUAAACCGCUUCAUGGAAAAUACGUCUGGCGAUACAGAAAUAACUGAAGAAUUAGUUAAUCAGAUCAAACAAGAAGUACUUCUGGAACAAAAGAAUAUAACUGAAAACUUGAAACAGCAAUACUACCUUGAGCGGAAUCAGAAUUUAAUAAACUUCAAGCCUGAAAUCAAUUAUGAUUCAGCAAGCCCUGGCUCAAAUGUAACUCCCAUAUCUAAUGCAAACGCAACCCCAGCUCAUGGUGCAGGAGUUGCUAGUUAUUCUCUAAACGACCUACAGGGUUUGAAUUUCUCUUAA